UUUGCGAGCGUUGCUAGUACUAUGAGACCACUGUCUAUUCGUCUAUAUCAUAAUGUACACGUGAUAUGUUACGAUGAAGGGCAUCCAAACAUACGACUCGUUCCAGGAGUUUCUAAAGUCAUACCCGGCGGAAGCUUAGCAGGGCAAGAGAAGAGGUCAUCACGGUCAUCUAAUGUCUUCUUGACCUGGGAGAGUUUUCUCUUAGCACUGGAUUUCACUCUCGAGCGUACUUAA